GCUGCUCUUCAUCACAGCUCAGAGGGAAACAGUUUCUCCGUCUCUGAAGGAAAUCGGGUUGUUCCUCGUCUCAGUGGAUUUAAAGGAUCUUGCGUGAUGGAUAAACUGAAGUCUGUUCUCAGCGGCGAGGAAGCGAAAAGAGAUGAUCGAACCGUGCUAGAGACCGUGAACGAAGCCUCCACGCUGAGCUGGACCACACGACUGAAGGGAUUCGCCGUCUGCUUCGUGGUGGGGGCCGCGUGCACUGUGGUGGGAGUGUGUUUGCUCUUCCUCCCCAGGAUUGGAAUCACCCUCUUCAUCGUCUUUUACACUUUUGGAAACCUAUGUGCUUUGGGCAGCACUAUGUUUCUGAUGGGGCCAAUGAGGCAGCUGAAGAAGAUGUGUGACAAAACAAGAGCACUGGCCACCGCUAUUAUGAUUACCUGCCUGGUGUUGACUCUCUGUGCAGCUUUCUGGUGGAAGAACUUUGGGCUUGCUUUGUUAUUUGUCAUCUUACAAGUCUUGUCAUUUGCCUGGUACAGCCUGUCAUACAUCCCAUAUAUGAGGGAGGCCCUAAUGAAGAUAUUGGCGGUCUGCAUGAAAUGAGCAGCGUCUUCUUGCUGAAGCUUGAGGGAAAUGGGCGCGUCUCUUAUUGAUGUUAUAAUGAUAUAUUUGUAUUGUUCUGCUUCAGAGUCUGUGACUCUUACUGCUGCCCAGCCCUCCUCUGUUAAUACGUGAAUAUCCACAUGUUCUUAUCUCCUAAUUGUUGCAAUGAAUGAAGAUGCUAUUGAUGACUUUAGCUGUUUAGACCAAGUUUU